AUGUGUGAGAACGAAGAAAAUCCGCCGAAAGAGCAGAAAGCCGAAUCGAAUCGUCACUAUGAUUCGCAUCGAGGUUUCAGUGCAAAAGCAAGACAAGUUCUACUUGAACCGCAAGCUCCAUUCGCUGUAGCUGACAAGCAAGUCAUCUUGACAACAUCGAAUAAUCCAACCAGUCCAAUAGCGCCACAUCGAGGUUUCAAUCCAAAAGCUCGAGAGAAACUGAUUGAACGUGAUAACACAUCAUCGCAGCCAUUUAAAACGAGUUCGUUUCAAGGAUCUUUAAAUCUGAUGAGGGAAGAAUCGAGCAGUGAGUUCGACUUGAGACGACGUGUUCUGAACAGUGGUGCUUUCUUUCAGUCGAAGCAAACAAACGGGAGUGGAUCUUGUAGGAAUUUCAUGAACCUGGUACCGUCUGAUGCAAAACAUUCACCGUCAACAUGUGAUUUUAGUGAGUACUAUUCAGUUUAUUGCAAAUUCUUUCAGUGA